CGCCGCCAAUCCACCCGCCGCGCACACAGACACACACACACACGCCCGGCCGUAACAUGACUGACUGACUGACUGACUGACUGACGACUGACUGAUUGGGGUGCCGCCGCUCCGGACGGAUUAUUCACUUCGCGCCGGGGGGACGCAGGAAACCACCCACCCACCCAGCGCGCAAGCGGGGCGGUGGCGGCGCCGUAGGGGGCCAGGAGGGUCCCCAGCCCCCGCCGGCGGACAGCGAGCGCCCCGGGCGCUGGAGGAGCCCGGCCAGAUUAGUUUAUUGGCUGCGAAGAGCCACGGACGCUUUGUGCCCUGAUGGGGGACUCAGGAUCCAGACGAUCGACUCUAGUAUCUCGGUUGCCAAUAUUCAGGAGAAGUAUUAGCCGAAGACACGACUCCCUUCCUUCCUCACCUUCUUCUGCUAAUGCCAUUGGUGUCCACGCCUCCCCAUCCAGCACUAACUCCAGCUCAGGGAGCACAGGCAAGCGCCGGAGUAUUUUCCGCACUCCUUCUAUUAGCUUCCAUAACAAGAAAGGGAGUGAGCAGAAGCCUGACUCGGCUAGUCAGAACAUUAAUAUCUCAAAUGGUGCCCAAUCUUCUCUCAGUGCUUUUCAAAAACUGAGCUUAGAUGAACACAUUAAAAGCAGAGGAAGGCAUUCGGUUGGCUUCGGCAGCUCGCGUAGCAAGAAGAUAACAAGAUCUUUGACAGACGAUUUUGAAAAGGGAAAGGAGCCCUCAGCUAAUAAGAAUGUCUUUAUAAAUUGCAUAAGCUCUGGGAAGAAUGAGGGUGAUGAUUCAGGCUUUGCAGAGGAGCAGAGCCGAUACUCUGUCAAACAAUCCACGCGAAAACUUCUCCCUAAAUCUUUCUCAUCGCACUACAAAUUUUCCAAACCAGUUCCGGAGAGUCAGUCAGUUUCCUCUGUGCAGCAGUCCAGGUGCCUGCUGGAGGUUAAAUCGUACGUGGAAAGUGAACCUGUGAUCGCCAAGUCCUCUCCUCCAUGUUCAGCCGAGACGACAGAGUGCAUGGGAAGCUCCUUGCAGUCCCCGCUGCUGUCAGCUGACCUCACAGCUGCCCAGACCCCCUCUGACUUUGUCGCCCUGACAGAGGAUUCUGUUUCAGAGGCUGAUGCUCUGCCCAGCAGUGGGACUGGGGUGCUGCUCGCAGAGGAUUUUGGCCACAAUGUCUCUACCUCUCAGAUCUGUUUUAAUCCUGCUGCUGCUCCUGUGAAGGAAACGGAUAUUGUGGAAAGUACUGGCCGUUCUGCCGGCAUAUCUCCUGUGAGUCACGCAAGCUCGUGUAGUGUUGAAUCUAAUACCUUAUUCAAAACCUCAGCUACUAAUCAAACAAAAGUAUUGUUGCAAGCCAAUGAACUACAUAUUAAUGAUGCCAGGCACAUAGAAGAAAUUAACUCGGCAAAUGCACAUUUAGAAACUAUUGUGUUACAGCGCAGAGAAGAACCAGCAAUACUCUCUCCAAAGGCACAGGAGUUGAGUGGGAACAGAGAUGAAAGUACGCCAUCCAAGCAUGUGAGAGAAAAAAUUCCUGUAUUGGAGUCUAAGAUUGUUCCAUGUUCUGAACCUCAGCCCUUUAAAGCACAACGGGGUUAUGAAAUAAACCAUUCUAAAGCUGAUCUUGCCAAUAGCUUCAGUCCAUACCGAGAAGGCAGAUUUGUUGAGAAACGACUGAGAUCCUCUUCAGAAGGUACUGCUGGAGGCAGUCGGCUGAUCAUAAAACCAAAGGAUGGAAACACAGAAGAGCUUAACAGCCUACGGAAGCAGAGAGCAAGCUCAUCCUCUUCAAAAAUGAACAGCAUGGAUGUUUUGAAUAACUUGGGUUCCUGUGAAUUGGAUGAAGAUGAUCUAAUGCUUGAUUUGGAGUUCCUAGAAGAACAACAUCACCAUCGUUCCGUUUGCCGGGAAGACUCAUACCAGUCGAUAGUCUCAUGUGCUGCCGUAGUACUUACUCCCGUAGAGCCGACAGUGGAUACAAGGAAAAAAGAACAGACAGUAACGCCUGAUGUGUCUAAACAGAACCUAUCUCUGAAGCUGUCGAAGGAGGUAGACCAAGGAGAAGCCAGGUACCCUCGUGUUAGCCAGCUGGCUGGCAGCCCAUCUGUGGAGUGGCCUUUUACUGGUCUGGAAGAAGGUGGAGGCAUUGAAUCUUUGCCCUUCAGAUUGAUGCUGCAAGAUUGCACAGCUGUAAAGACAUUGCUUCUGAAAAUGAAGAGGGUUCUUCAAGAGAGUACAGACAUGAGUCCAGCUAGUAGCACCACCUCACUCCCUGUUAGCCCUCUUCCUGAGGAGCCAUUAUUUUUCAAGGAUGGAAUAAAAGAUGAAUGCUCAGUGCUGAAACUGCAGCUGAAAGAGAGAGAUGAACUCAUAGCCCAACUUCGUGAGGAGCUGGAAAAGGCUCAGUGCUUUCAGAAGGCUCUUGCUUCCCAAGCAGAUAAAUCCACACAGACAGAACUCAUCGGCCAUGAUGCUACAUAUCCAAACAGAAUGGUGAGCCAAAAUCUCAGCACAAGGGACAGAAAGUCAGCACAUAUUCCCACCGAGGACCCUUUUAGAUACUCAUCAAGCAACCAAGCACUGGCCUAUGAAAGCAAGAGCUGUCAGCUGUCUAAUUUGUGUCUGAGCAACCUCCUGAAAGAGAAGGAGAUUGUGGAAGUCAUCAAGCACACUAGAGGCACAUAUGAAACCCUCGCUUCAGAGGUCACCCAGAAUGGUUUGGCCACCACACCACCAAGUACAGCAAAGCCAGCAUCCAAGGCAGACAACUACUCAAUGUUCUCAGGAGCUCCAAAAGACCAAACUGCUGUACCUCGGCAGCAUACCACUUUCACAGGGAGACUUGGACAGCCUCCGAGGGGACCCAUCUCUUUACACAUGUACAGCAGAAAAAAUGUUUUCCUCCACCACAAUUUACACACAGCAGAGCUACAGACUUUAGGUCAACAAGACGGCUAACAAGGUGCUUAUAUUCUUGCUCUGGAAGGAAAGUUGAUUAAAGAGGAGCAUGAGCUCAUCGAGAGUUCAGUCUUCAGUUUUCAUCUGCUGCCACUUUCACCUAAAAACAAUAAAGUUAAAAACUAAUUGUUGUCUAUAGGUUCCAUACUUCCCCAUCCGGAACUGUGGCAAAAGGAUGAACUAGAUUGAUUUGUCAUGCAAAAGUCAUCAUGGGUAUAAUAAACGGGACCACUUGGCUGGCAUUGCUAGUCCAAUAUUGGCUAAAUAUAUUUUUUUUUCCCCCUCUAUAAGCAACUAUCAUUCCCUGAAGUUCUAGAAGGUGAUCUUGAAUAAUACUGUGUAUGUUUAAUAAUGUUACUGUUAAAGUAGAUGUGAGGAAUGAAUAGAUAAGUAAUUAGUAAACCCUCUUGAAUUUCAUAGAGACUAGGGAAAUAAGGAGUCAAAUUUCUGAGGAUCUUCUUUUUACACUUUUUUUUUUUUUUUAAUACAAUGAAACUUGCUCACUUGUAGAGGUGUGUUAGUGCUUCCUGCUGUAUGUCUUUCAUGCAUGCCUCAUGCCCAAGUAGAGGAAGUGACUCAUUUUCCUCUAACAGCAAGAACAGCAAGGUUCAUAGAGGCUCACCAGGUAUUUGAGUCAGUAAUUGAGUCCCAAACUGAGAAUGUCAGCUUGGUUCCUCAACCUUCCCUUCCCUCUCCCCACCUUUAUUUAACUACAUUUGAGUUUUUUUGUUCUAUCAGAACAUGUGAAGUUGUGGUGAUGUUUGUGCUUUGCAGGCACUGUAUCACUCACCACACCAUGCGACAUUCUGUGCUGUGUAACGCAUCAUAUAAUUUCAUUUAAUUUCCCAAACAAAAAAUGGGUGAAAGACUAAAGAAAGAGAAAUUGUCUUAUUACCCAGUCCAAAUUACCUAUGUAAGUUGUAAUUUCUGUAGACUGUAUUCUCUGCACUUAAGUACCUGGUUUAUACCAACUCAGCGGGUUUGCUAGUCUUGGCAUAUUACACACAAGCGAGAUGAAUCUGAUGCUACCUGAUGUGCAGCAUGCUGGUCUCAUGGCAAUAUGAAAUCAUCUGAUCAAACCAUAGAACUUGUAGACUUAUCAGUAACAAAAGGUCCUGUUUUCCCCUUUCAGAGGGCUUGAAAACAGGCAUCUCAGUCAAGUUACUCUAAACAUGUGGCAUAUACUAAACAUGACAGUUUACAACCUCUCUGAUGGAGAACAAUCUGUUUGAAUGAUGGUAGGACAUAUAGUUAGUAGUUUAUAAAUAGCCUGGCACAUUUAAGUACUAUUGAGGCAGAUAUGAGACAAGUCACCUCUCUCUUUAACUGAUGAUGAUGAAUAACAGAAGAGAAGGGUGCAGCACAUUCUCACACAAAGAAACAAACCAGUGUGGCUUAACUAAAGUAGCAUGUAAUGAAAAAUGGAGCUUCUGUAGCCACUAAAAAUGCCAUAACUUUUAAAAGGUAAGUCACAUAGGGCAUAUAAAAUAAAUCAACGAUAUAAUUUUUACCUAAAGAUAUCUGCUUAACUGCUUAAUACUCAGAUUAAUACAAGGAUUGGUUUGAUUAAGAAAAAAUUAGACUAUGAUUUUGGCAGAUAUUCUGCAAAGUCAUUUCAGUGACCUGAAUUUUCAAGAUCCUACUUAUUGAGGAUUUUAAUUUGGUUAGAGCAAAUUUUAUGACAUUAUCUGAUGUUGAAGAGAGCAGGUUUUGUCUAAAUAUCCUGUAGUGGUAAUUUUGGGUGUCCAGAGCUGGAUACAUAAGAAUCAAGACAAACAUUUGCCAGACUUCUUCGUGUUCAUGUGUGCGUUGCUACUGCCAAAACAGAACGUGCAAAAAUUGCAAACACAGAUUUACUGAAUUAACUAUGGGUAUUCCAGACUCCCAGUCAUGCACUGAAACUCAUAGUUUAAAUUCUAGCAAAAAAAUUUAAAAUAGUAGUAACAGAAUUUCACUAUUCAGAAUCAUGUUUUCAUCUGAGCAAUCUCUUAAAGUCAUGGUAGAUUGGAAGGACAGCUGGUUCUUAACUAACAAUACAUUUCAGUCUUGCUCAUCUCAAGAGCUGAUGUAUGCAAUUAUAUUUCAGAUCUGUAAAUAAAUUAACAUACACUGUAAUCAAGGAAUUUUUUUUUCCAGGAUACAAAUGUACUAUACUGCAUUAAAAACAAACAAACAAAAUACUCUUCAAUUUGAACUUAAGUACUGUAUCUAUAGUUGGUUUUUUUCCUGGAAAAGGGGGCUUUUGGAUUACACUUUAUUAAAAAAAAUCCAUCUAUACAUUUCCAAAAGAACAUUUUAAAUGCUACUAUUUUCUUGGAGAAUCUUUUAUAAAGCUGAAACUUAAAAAAACUGGAGAAAACAGUUCAAUUAAAGUGAGGGAUAUUUUUAAAAUGUCAUCUUGAAGCUGUUUUGUAUCAGUAUUUUCAACAUUGUUAUGUUAUUUGUAAUACUAAGUGUAAAUCUCACCCAGAGGAGGGUAUUAGCCACAUGUUAAUGUACAGUACAGCAGUAACUGUAAAACAGAGGUCCUUUGUUCGAUCCUCUUGUGUAUAUAGUAAAUCAUAAAGCAACAGCAUGUGGACAUUCUUGCAGUGAAUUGAUUCCUUUGUACUAAAAAUCUCUAGUUUUUUAAGAGUUCCAUGUAUAAAAUGAUUUAUACAUUUCUCCAAGGCUGUACAUAUCCAAAGACAUGACACCGGGGGAAAAGGCACGUAUUAUUUUUUUCCACGGAUGUACCUUUUUUUCCUUUUUUUUAUAUGUUUCUGUACAACAAAGCAUAACUAAAAUUUCUACUGAAAAUUACUUGUUACUUCCAUGUCAUUUGGUGUGAUACAGGGCAUUUUAAGGAGGAGGAAAUCCCCAAAGAAAAACUGUUUCCAUUCCAAGCGAUGUCCCGUUUUUUUGAAACAAACACUUGGCAAAAGAAACAUCAGAUCUGUGCCCUAAAUAUUUUUUAGUAAUUUAAUAGAGCCACACAUGAAAUGGUAUCUCAUCUCUAGACUUACUUCCCUUACUAGACUGUUUCUACAGGAUGUGUUUCUAAGAUAGAAUAACAGGUUAGGGCCAACCCUGGUCAUAAAUUAUUAAGAUGGAAAGAAAAUGCUUGUCCAGUACUGUUCUUAUAUUUGGCUGUCAGAGCAGUGGAAAGGUUUUUUUGGUAUACCUUGUGCACGUGAACGAAGUUCGAGCUGUGAGCGUGUGCAUACCAGAGGGAGAAUUCUUACUACAAACCUCUCCUCUAUUUAGGCUGUUCAGCAGCAUCUGAAAGCAUCCUGCAACAUAAAUUUCUGCCACCUUUUCGAGACAGGCCAGCCCUCUAUACAUAAAAUGAAACAGCCAGAAUAGAUUCCUUUUUUUUCAAUCCAGACUGUUGUAUUUAACUUUAUUGCUUUUCAUUUCCAAAUGCACACAUCCACAUCAAUAUCAGAAGGGCUUUUCUUAUGUGUCCUAUUUCUGGAAAUUAUAUCCAGACUAAGAUGUUCACAUGGGGUUUGGAUAAGCAUAUGAAAACUUACCUAUGAUAGUCAUGUUUGUCCUACAAAUUCAUUGCAGUCACUGCCUAAAAAUGGAUAUUUUUCCCUUUCCUAAAAGCCAGUUUGGAAAUAGUGACUUCUGUCUGUGCUGAUUCACUUUAUACUGUUAAAUACACAGUAUACUCUGCAAACUAAUAAAAAUAGGCUACUUACAAAGCAGUGCUGUAGUUUAUAUGCCAUAACUGUUGUGCCAUGUCUCCACUGGUUUGAUUGGUAUAACAUUGACUUCGAUUAGACUAUACUGGGUUAAGUGGCCUGACAAUUGGGAAUGUGGCCUUUAGUCCAACUAGUCUCAGUUUAUGCAUAGGAGAUCUCUGAAUUUGGAAACCAUUCUUCGUUUACAGAAAAAACAAGAAAAGAUUUGACCUAGCAAAAAUGCCAGUUCACAAUCUAUAGCAAAUGUACUUUUUUUUUUUGUUAAUGUGCAAGAGAAAAAAAAAAAAAAUCCUUGCAAACCUCUUUGUACAUCUACGUAGGUCAUAAAUGAAGUCCAAUAAAGUAACGGUAACUCUAACAAAACUUUGAAAUAAAUACCUGGAGCAAAAAAUCCAGGGGAGUCUUACAGAUGUUUGUAGUGGUUUGAAAGCAUAAGUUCUGUAUCCAAGUGCAUUAAUGAAAUAUGUCCUAUGCCCUCUUUUCUUCCACUCUUGCCACUGAUGAUUUUUUUCUGAAGGAGAAUUUGCUGUUUGAAGCUCGUUCCAGAUGAAGUAGGCAGUAGAGUGAAAAAGUACAUUGAAAAUAAUGGUGGAGGACUUCUACCAGCUUGGAGAAACACAUAGCAUCAUUUUCAGGAUGUAUUUUAGUGUUCUCCAGUCAGUAAGAAGUUGGCAGAGAUCCCUCAGGAACUCAAAUCAUGCAGGCCAUGACCGCCUUUAAAUGGAAUUUACUUGAACAAGUCCUACGUAAGGCACUUCUAAGAUCAUUUUGAAAUUUCAGCAGCUGCAGAGCAUAUCUGUAAGAUAUUUAUUUUUUUAAAGAUAAAAAUGCCAUGUGCUGUUUUUAACCUAGUAAACUCAGUCUGUUUGGAUCUUGCUUCCUCACUGACAAUCUGUCCAGGUGGUGAGAGUGUAUCCACUGUGAUGCAUAUGAUACUAACUCCUUAUAGUAUAAAAGACAUCGAAUACCUGUCCUCUCCGAGGGGCUUGAGAUUUGCAGUGUAUUUUCAGUCCAGGGCAACUGUCUGGAUUUAAUUAGUGUCUUCAAGGAUCUUCUGUUGUUGCAAAUUUAAUGGUAAAGGAACUUAUUGAAAUAUUUUUGAAAAGUUUUGUGCAUUUGGGUUUUUGUUUGUUUGUUUGUUUGUUUGUUUUAAUAUCUUUCCAUAUCUAAAGAAAAGAGAAAAAAAAAAGAAAAAAAUGCAACUUUUAUCAGCAUAAAUUUCCUAUAAAACUGAGAUUCUCA